AUGGUUGGUUCCUCUCUUUCGGGUCAAGGUGACCCUCUCAGUCUUGAUGUUGUGCUUAAGCUCAAUAAUGUAAGUAAUUCUACUGAUGUCACUAGCUUAUUUACUGGCAUUUUGGAGGGUUUGAGUCCUCCAGACGACAAGAAUUAUUUCGAUGCCAUAUCGUUAUUGAUGUUUCCUAGGAGAAAUUACAAGUACAAUUUGGUUUUUGGGGAACUCAGUAACGGGAAGAGCAAUAUUCCACUGGGUAUAGCACCCAAAAGUGGAAGCUUCUGUUCGGCUUUCCGGCAACUAGGCAGAGCACUCUAUCUUAAAUAUGCACCUGAUUGUAGUCCUGUCAAAAUUUGCACACCCAUCUCGGGCCCUUUAGGAUAUUUGCCCCCUAUCAUGUCCCUUGAUGGAAUCAGUUGUUCUGAAGGUGAACGGAAGAUGCGGGUGUUGCUGCGAUUUUCCAAUGAUAGCAACUUUUGGUACCAUGGAAAGUUUAAUCCAAACUCAAUGUUGGUUGGAGAGGCAAUGUGGGACGAGAAUAAGAACCGACUGCAGAUUAAAGCUUGUCAAAUCAACGUGGCAGGAUCUUUCUCAACUGCUCGCGUUGAGGAUUGUUCAGUCCGCAUUGAGCUGGUGUUCCCAGGAGUGUGGUCAAUCGAGAAAAGAGAUGGCAUUUUAGGUCACAUAUGGAGCGAGAAGAGCGAGAAGGAUUUGGGUUUUUUCCCAGACAUCAUGUUCCGAGGCACUAGAAGCAGUUUUCGGAAGUUUCCGGACUUGAAGUAUAAGUAUACUGAAACCGAGAGAGUAAGAAAGCUGUGCCCAGGAAAGAAUGAUCUGAAAAGUGGGAGAGAAAAAUAUCCAAAUUGGUACUCUCGAGAUAUGAGGUUCUACAUGUUGUCACUUAACCUCAAGCAGCAAUUCCCGGUUCAACAUCUCAUAUCAUAUGGCUUCACAGGACUGCAACAUGUGAGGCGCAAGAACAAAAAUGCCAUUUAUAAUCAAUCUUGGAGUUCAAAUGAUCUAGUAGAGAUUUCUGCAGAAGGGGUUUACAAUGCCGAAACUGGUGACCUAUGUAUGGUGGGAUGUAAAAGUGUCGUCUUGACUGGGGAGAAGCAAAUUGACAAAUCUCCGGACUGUGAAAUCCUAAUCAGACUGCAGUUUCCUCCCUUAUCAAAGAAAAAGCAAGAUCACAUCGUGGGAACCAUCGAGAGCACAAGGAACCCAUCCGAUCCUCUUCAUUUUGAGAGGCAGAGCGUAACUUCUGAUUCUCCUUAUAUGGAGGAAGUGAGACGGUCUAUUCGGGGGAUGGACCUCGAGCUCUUUCUUGUCCUUGCUUCCAGUACAUUCUUAUGUAUCUUCAUCGGCCUACAAAUCCUUCACGUGAAGAAGCACCCCGAGGUGGUUCCCUUCGUCUCUAUCGCCAUGCUCGUGAUUCUCACUCUAGGCCAUGUGUUCCCUCUUGUGCUCAAUUUUGAAGCCUUGUUCCUGGACGAACGGAACAGGCGGCACAGUUCUCUCGGAAGUGGUCAAUGGCUCGAAACAAACGAGGUGGUGGUGAGGGUAGCCAUGAUGAUAGCUUUCUUGAUGCAGUUCCAUCUUCUCCAGCGGACUUGGGUCGCAAGAAAGAAGGAUGGGGUCGGGGCCGGCUUGUGGUUCCAAGAAAAGAAGGCUCUGAUCGUCUCUUUGCUGUUAUAUGGCAUCGGAGCACUGGUGGCUAUCAUCUUUAGCUGGAGAAGCCGUUCUGAUGACAGGGCCAUUGAUACUGCAAGUUCUACAACUGAUGACCGGGGCUUCUCCAUUUUGGGAGGCUUGAAAUGUUAUGUAGGACUUAUCUUGGAUGGUUUUCUCUUGCCUCAGAUUCUGCUCAAUGUUUUCAGGAACUCAUCUGAGAGGGCCCUCUCGAGUUCUUUCUACCUCGGAACAACCUUGGUUCGGCUGCUGCCGCACGGGUACGAUCUCUACAGGGCCCGAACCUACUCGCCACAAUUCCACGGGUCGUACCUUUAUGGAACUCCAGAUAGAGACUUCUAUUCGACUGCAUGGGAUGUGAUCACUCCUUUAGGAGGACUCGUUUUUGCAGCGAUCGUCUUCCUACAGCAGCGGUUCUACGGGGCUUGUAUCAUGCCCAAGAGGUCUCGGAAUUCCGUAGCUUAUCAGAUGGUAACAGCCAUGGUCGAUGAUGUGCCGUUAUGA